UUAUUCUUUUCUCUCGAAUUGUCGCGACUUAUAUAUCCGCGCGAUUCGUUUAACAUCGAGUAUAUUACCGUCUUGCUAAAAAAAUAUGGCGGUAAUGAGAAGAUGCAAUGUAACCGCGCACGUGAUUUACAAAUAAAGUGGACUCUGGCACUGUGUUUGUGUGUGUGCGUGCUCUGAUACAUAUGUGUCAGAGUAAAUUAAAAUAGACUUCUAUCGCACAAUUUUUCACGUAGUUCUAUAUAUCGUGUCGGAAAAAAGGGUUAAACUGUGUCAAUUGGCUUGCGCGUAUUUAUACUGAGCCUUUUGUAAAGCUUAAAUACAGACGUCUUUGUAGUGGCUGUAAAAAAAAAAAAAGAAAUUUUAUCUAUGUCUGUAUCUCUUUGGCUGUAAAAAAGAAGUUUAUUUAUAAAUGAGAAAAAGAGAAGAUAAAAAGUAUCAAAGAACGUUGAAUGUAAAAAUUAUUUAUCUCAAGUCACAUGUAAAUAAAUAAUUGGAAUCUUUGUUAAAUUGUGGUUCAGAUAUCGGAGAACAGAUCAAUACACAAAAGAGACAUCUAAGAUAAAUUCAUGAAUCAAUCUUGGUAUAAAUAGAAUUCUCAGGAGAAAAUAAAUUUUGAUGCGAGGUCUUUUUGUCUCUCUUCUAGAUUGAGUACAGAAGAAUGGGAAAGGAUUACUAUAAAAUACUUGGCAUAGCCAAGGGAGCGAGCGACGAGGAGAUCAAGAAAGCUUAUAGAAAGUUAGCUCUCCGAUAUCACCCCGAUAAGAACAGAAGUCCCGGUGCUGAGGAGAAAUUCAAGGAGAUUGCUGAGGCGUAUGAGGUGCUGUCAGAUGCCAAGAAGCGAGAGGUUUAUGACAAGUUCGGCGAGGAGGGUCUGAAGGGAGGAGCAUCGGCUGGAGGUGGUGGAGGAGGCGCCACGUAUACUUUCCAUGGCGAUCCUCGUGCGACCUUCGCACAAUUCUUCGGUUCGGCCAGUCCUUUCCACAAUCUUUUCGAGUUCACCAGUACCGGUAAUCGUGGAGGAUUCGCUUUUCACGAUGAAGACAUGGACAUCGACAUGGAUCCCUUCGGUAUCGGCAGUAUGGGAUCGCAGCGACAAGGUGGCGCCUUCAGGUCGCACUCGUUCAACUUCGCGACUCCGAACACAGGUAAAGCGGGCGGCAAAGAUCGCGCCCAGGAUCCGGCUAUCGAGCACGAUUUGUACAUAAGUCUGGAGGAGAUUCUGCGCGGUUGCACAAAGAAGAUGAAGAUAUGCAGACGAGUGAUACAGCCGGACGGUAACUCCAAGAAAGAAGACAAGCUUCUUACGAUCAAUGUCAAACCGGGCUGGAAAGCCGGUACGAAGAUCACGUUCCAGAAAGAGGGCGAUCAGUCGCCCAGACGGGAACCGGCGGACAUCGUUUUUAUCAUCAGAGACAAACCGCAUCCCUUGUUCAGGAGAGAGGGCAGUGACAUUAGGUACACGUGCAAGUUGUCCUUGAAGCAAGCUUUGUGCGGAAGUAUCGUCGAAGUUCCUACGCUGACCGGUGAGAAGAUACCGUUGAAUCUGAUGAGAGAAAUUGUUAAGCCAAACACGGUGAAGAGGUUCCAAGGACAUGGUCUACCGUUUCCAAAAGAACCGUCACGGAAAGGCGAUCUACUCGUGUCAUUUGACAUCAAGUUCCCGGACACGUUGACCCAAAGUGCGAAGGAUAUAUUGUAUGACACGCUACCGAAUUGAGCUCUUGAUUGAUCACAAAGAAAAACAAAUAAGAUCGUACUAUAUAAAGGAAUAUCGAUGCAGUUUGAUGGACAUCUUUUAAUCGUUCCGAUCAACGGAAGUGAUGACACGUUUCCAUGUGCGUUCUAGUACAUGAAGACGCGGAGACGCAGCAACGACGACGACCACGAGAGAGACUAACAAUGAAAAACGAUGAAAAACGAUUGAGAACGAUUAAAUAAAUUAUAUAUAUAUAUAUGUAUGUAUAAUAGCAAUUUGCGUAGAAGCCAAAUCAAACGACGAGUAAUAUUUUCAUUUUCCUCGACGCUAAGUCAAUAUUUGAUUACUGAAUUUUUUUUAAGUUACUUUCGGCUAACUUGGCGUCUCUCUGAACAACGGCGCCCGAAUUGGCCUCUACGCCCAUAUAUAACGAUAGUCUGAUCGAUCAAUCGAAGAGACACAAGGCAUGUAUAUUAAAUAAUUAUAAAAACAAAA